GCCCCGUCACAAGGCCCGGCUGCGUCUUCCCAGCCGCAGGCGCAGGCCCAGCCGAGCGGCCGCCGAGCGGGUGCGGGUGCCGGUGCGGGUGCGGGCGCACCGGCCAUCACCGCGCGGCCGCGCAGCGGACACCGUGCUCACCGGCCUGCGGCGCCCCGCCACCGGUGAGUCCCCGGCCAGAGCCCAGGAGCGCAUCCGACCCGCUCGCCGCGCGGCCGGCCGCCCCCGCCCCCGCCCCCACGCGGGUCCUGCGCAUCCGAGCGUGGCCGCCUCGGGGGCGGACCGCCGAGCCCGAGGCCAUGUCCCAUGAAAAGAGUUUUUUGGUGUCUGGGGACAACUAUCCUCCCCCGAACCCUGGAUAUCCGGGGGGGCCCCAGCCACCCAUGCCCCCCUACGCUCAGCCUCCCUACCCUGGGGCCCCUUACCCGCAGCCCCCUUUCCAGCCCUCACCCUACGGUCAGCCAGGGUACCCCCAUGGCCCCAGCCCCUACCCCCAAGGGGGCUACCCACAGGGCCCCUACCCCCAAGGGGCCUACCCACAGGGCCCCUACCCACAAGAGGGCUACCCACAGGGCCCCUACCCCCAAGGGGGCUACCCCCAGGGGCCAUAUCCCCAGAGCCCCUUUCCCCCCAACCCCUAUGGACAGCCACAGACCUUCCCAGGACAAGACCCUGACUCACCCCAGCAUGGAAACUACCAGGAGGAGGGUCCCCCAUCCUACUAUGACAACCAGGACUUCCCUGCCACCAACUGGGAUGACAAGAGCAUCCGACAGGCCUUCAUCCGCAAGGUGUUCCUGGUGCUGACCCUGCAGCUGUCGGUGACCCUGUCCACGGUGUCUGUGUUCACUUUUGUUGGGGAAGUGAAGAGCUUUGUCCGGGAGAACGUCUGGACCUACUAUGUCUCCUACGCUGUCUUCUUCAUCUCCCUCAUCGUCCUCAGCUGUUGUGGGGACUUCCGGCGAAAGCACCCCUGGAACCUUGUUGCACUGUCGGUCCUGACCGCCAGCCUGUCGUACAUGGUGGGGAUGAUCGCCAGCUUCUACAACACCGAGGCAGUCAUCAUGGCCGUGGGCAUCACCACAGCCGUCUGCUUCACGGUCGUCAUCUUCUCCAUGCAGACCCGCUACGACUUCACCUCGUGCAUGGGCGUGCUCCUGGUGAGCAUGGUGGUGCUGUUCAUCUUCGCCAUCCUCUGCAUCUUCAUCCGGAACCGCAUCCUGGAGAUUGUGUACGCCUCGCUGGGCGCUCUGCUCUUCACCUGCUUCCUGGCAGUGGACACCCAGCUGCUGCUGGGGAACAAGCAGCUGUCCCUGAGCCCGGAAGAGUACGUGUUUGCUGCGCUGAACCUGUACACGGACAUCAUCAACAUCUUCCUGUACAUCCUCACCAUCAUUGGCCGCGCCAAGGAGUAGCCCAGCUCCAGCUCUCUGUGCCCGCUCAGGUGGCAUGGCUGGCCUGGACCCUGUCCCUGGCACGGGAGUGCCAGCUGUCCUUCCCCUCUCUCUUGUCCCCAGGCACAGCCUGGGGCAGAGGACGCCCCUCUCCAACCCUCCCAUAUGUACACUGCAGAUACUUCCGUUUGGACCCGCCGUGGCCACAGCAUGGCCCCCUUAGUCCUCCCGCCCCGCCAAGGGGCAACAAGGCCACGUUUCUGUGCCACCUCCUGUCUACUCAUUGUUGCAUGAGCUCUGUCUGCCAGCCCACCCCAGGGACUGGGGGCAGCACCAGGUCCCGGGGAGAGGGAUUGAGCCAAGAGGUGAGGGUGCACGUCUUCCCUCCUGUCCCAGCUCCCCAGCCUGGCGUAGAGCACCCCUCCCCCCCACCCUGGAGUGCUGCCCUCUGGGGACAUGCGGAGUGGGGUCUGAGCCCUGAGGGCAGAGAGGACGGCAUGUUUUAGGGGAGGGGGAAGCCUUCCUCUCAAUCUGCUGUCGGUGAAAUUCCAAUAAAUGGGAUUUGCUCUCUGCCUUUCCCGGUCA